AUUCUACAUUGUUUAUCGGAUUAUUCUGGUCUGGAGAAGCUGUGCUUGCAACAUCCUGUUGGACCACUCUCGGACCUCGGCUCCAGUUUUCUACCCCACACGGGUUUCGUCCCCCCAUCUAAUCAAGACCACUCGACUACAACAACAUCCAGAUGCGCUAUGCUUAAUCUUGUGUUGGGAGGGUCAAGUACAGCGCAGAGCUACAAUGCCCGACAACAAAGCCACCAAAAGACUGAAACAGGUCUCUUCACAUCUGGCCCCCAAGCUCCCCGCCGAUUACAGUGAUGUCCGCGACCAGAUAAACACUCUCCGCGAGAUCGCCGCCACUCCAGACCCCAGUCGGCGCGGGUAUGUGCGACAAAAGCAGGCGGGGAAGUUGUGGGUGCGCGAGCGGCUGGAGCAGCUCCUCGACCGCGACACAUUCACCGAGAUUGGGUCGGUGUCCGGGACGGUGAAGUGGGAGAAGACGGGUCCCAUGCGCGAAAAGCCCGUGUCCUUCGUUCCCAGUAACAAUGUUCAAGGCAUGGGGCGCUUGCGGGGUCGUAAGGUGCUGCUGACGGCGGACGAUUUCUCGCUACGGAGUGGGCAUGCCGAUGGCUCGACGGCGGGCAAAACCAUCUACGUGGAGAAGCUGGCCCUCGCACUCAAGCUGCCAGUGGUCAAGCUGGUAGACGGCAGCUCGGGUGGAGGCAGUGUGACGACGAUCGCCAAAGCGGGAUGGAGCUAUUUGCCGUAUGUGCCGAUGUAUAAGCAGGUCGUGGAGCAGCUGAACCAGGGAAUACCCAAUCUCGGCGCGGUCGUGGGCCCUGCCAUCGGCCUGGGGGCAGCUCGCGUCGUCUCGUGUCACUUUUCUGUCAUGGCGGCAGAUAUCGGAGCGCUCUUCAACGCAGGCCCUGAGGUGGUCAAGGGGGCGACGUUCGAGGAGGGACUGGACUUUCAGGACUUGGGUGGACCGAUGAUUCACUGCACAAACGGGACGAUUGACAACAUGGCCGCCAACGAAGCCGAGUGCUACGAGCAGCUGCGCACGGUGCUGGGCUACCUGCCGAACCACGGCAAGGAGGCCCCGCCAAUUAUUGCGUGCGAAGAUCCCCCAGACCGCGAGGACGAAUCCUUGCGCAAGAUCAUCCCCCGCCGACAAACGCGAAUGUACAACCCCUGGACAAUCAUCAAGAGCGUGGUGGACCACGACUCGUGGUUCGAAAUCGGAGCACUCUGGGGCCGCACCGCCAUCGGGGGCCUGGCGCGCCUGGGCGGCCGUCCAGUGGGUAUCAUCUCCUUAAACUGCGAGGUCAACGGCGGAGCGCUGGACGCGGCGGGGAGUCAAAAGCUGGCGCGGUUGCUGAAACUCUGCGAUGUGAUGAACCUGCCAGUGCUGCAAUUUAUCGACGUCCCCGGCUAUGCCAUUGGCACCGUCGCUGAGCGAACGGCCACCAUGCGCUGGGGCGUCGAACUGGCCAAGGCCUACUUCGCGACCACCACGCCGCUUUUCAACGUCAUCACGCGCCGAGCGUUCGGCGUCGCCGGAGGCAUCAUGCUCGGUGCGCGUGAUCCUGUCAUGCAGGUCGCCUGGCCAUCCGGACAGUGGGGGUCCCUGCCGCUGGAAGGCGGGAUUGAAGUCGCGCAUCGGCACGAGCUGCGCGAGGCCGAGAAGGUCGGCAAGAAGGCGGAGCGCUACCAGGAGCUGGAGGAGGAGUAUCGGCGGAUGAUGAGCCCAGUGCGCACGGCGAACGCCUUUGGCGUGGAGGAGAUCAUUGACCCCAAGGACACGCGGAGUGUAUGUUGCGCGUGGGCGCGUCAUAUGUACGAAGCGCUGAUGCCGGAGCGGCUGGCGGAUCGCGCGACUGGGAAAAUCCACCCAGUGUUUACUUGACUUGACGCCUGUACCAUAUCAUCAGCCUAUAGUUCCUCCGGAGUAAUAGUAGACACAUACUAGUGGCAUAACGGCCCUCAUUCCCACCAGUCUCUCCACUCGGACGGUUGCCAUUGGUGCCAAUAGAUGAACCCACGGUCCGUCGGAAAUUACGCCCGCUUGGCGAGACCAUCACUCUCGCUGUCAAAAGCUGGAGGAUCCCUCUGGCCCUGACCCUGUCCAUUUUUUUGGUUGAAGAUCAGUGGAUCUGACUCUUCUCGCCAUGUCGUUCAACAUUGUCAACGGCCAGAUCUACACGCCGGGCUUGGCGAUCGUGGAUGCGCCCCAGCCGAAUACUCCUUUAGGAGGGGGUGAGUAUACCUAUCCCACUAUAUAAACAUGGAUAUAGAUAUGUGUAGAUUGGCAUAGCACUGAUAAUGUCUAGACACCCUCCACAUCGCCAUCGACGU